CAUGACUUCAUGUAUAGACGAUCUUUGAUCCCUGCAGCUACAGACAUGGCGAACGCCGCGACUAAACGUGAAGCUAUCUGUGCUGAAAGUGGUAUUUCUCUGGAGGCGAAGAGGGCUAAAAACGACCACGAGAAGGGACCGGAGGAUGGGAAAGAAUCUCCGAGUGAAAAAAUCCUGGAUGGGUUUAAGACAUCGAGCGUGUUAAGUGAUUCUGCGCGGGAGAAAAUCAUGUUUAUACACGGAAAGAUUGCAGAUCAGGAUGCUGUGGUGAUCCUGGAAAAGACUCCUUUCAGAGAGGAGACACUGACUGAGCUCCUCAGUGAUUCCACCCUGAAGCUGGAGAUGAAGAACGACAUCUACAACAGCUAUCGGCUCCAGGCCCCUCCUCACCUCAAUGAGAUUAAGACCACAGUGGUGUACCCUGCCACAGAGAAGCACAUAAAGAGACACCAGAGACAGGAGAGUUUCCUGGUGGAGGAGACGGGGGAAGACUAUCGGUCCAUCACCCUGCCGUAUAUCGAGAAGCAGAGCUUCAGCCUCCAGUGGGUUUACAAUAUCCUGGAGAAGAAGGCGGAGGCUCAGAGGAUCAUUUUUGAAGAUCCCGACACAGAGACUGGUUUCGUCCUACUUCCUGAUUUAAAGUGGGAUCAAAAACAGGUUGAUGACUUGUACCUGAUCGCGAUAUCCCUUCAGAGAGGCAUCAAGAGUCUUCGAGACCUGAGCUCAGAGCAUCUGCCACUGCUGCAGAACAUCCUCCAGAAGGGCCAGGACGCCAUUAAGCAGCGCUUCGACCUUCCGGCCAGCAAGCUGAGAGUCUACCUGCACUACCAGCCCUCGUACUACCACCUGCACGUCCACUUCACCAAGCUGGGCUACGAGGCGCCGGGCUGCGGCGUGGAGCGCGCCCACCUCCUGUCGGACGUCAUCCAAAACCUCAAGUCCGACCCGCAAUUCUACCAAACCCGGACGCUGCACUUCCCCCUCAGGGCAGACGACGGGCUGCUCGCCAAGUUCAGGGAGGCGGAGAGGCUGUAGAGGCCAAGAUCUCCAUCCAGGAAUUCGUUUCCCAGUGCGGUGUUUUUUUUUUUAAUGUAAAAAAGCAGAAGUUGUUGGAUGCAUUUCACACCUGAGCUGCUUUUUUCUUUUUCUUUUUUUUAAAUGAAUGUUUGUCUUUUUUAGUCAUGUUUGCGUUAUUACUGUAGUGGAGUUCAUGUGGAGACCAAACGCUAAUGUACUCUUUAACCCUUCUGUUUCUGUUUUUGAUAAAUUUGUCAGGUUUUGCUUGACAAAACAUUGAGGACCCAAAGAAAAGUUUUGUUUUUCUACAAACCAUGGAUUCAGAAACCACUUAUAGACUAAACAUUUAUCUUUAAGAGCAUUUUAAAACCAGUUCAUGCUUGCGAUUGUCUGUAAAAUCUUAAUUAGGCAGCUUUUGAUAUUAAUGAGGUUUUCUAUUGUGUUCUCGAACAUUUUUACUUGUUUUGAACGGGUGAAGCUCUUUAGAGCAAAACUCCUGCACAGACUGUAGUUUUCUAAAAAUAAAAAAGCAAUAGCAAAAUUGUGUCCCAUUUAAACCUGGAUAAGGUGGAGUUUUACGUUUCCAACACUAGGUGGCGGUGUUGCGUCUUAAAAUCAAAUCCUGAGAUUGACUAAAAAUCUGAAAAAUGUUUGAGUUUUUCUCAGGUCAUGAGCCAGGAGUUUGUUGGAUAUGUUUUCCUCUUUAUUAAGACUAUCAAUUUCAGAUAAUGUCAAUCAGCUGUUGAUAGUUUUAUUGCAGGCGUAACACUUGUUAUAUAUGGAGAGUAUAAAAAUUAAAGUCCUUUACUUUUAAUUUUCAUCAAGGAAACGGUAUACCGUG